AUGUUGACAAGUCGCGAGGAAACAACGAUAGCUAGUGGCGGAGGCGUGAUGGAUAAGCUCGUGUUCUGUCAUUUCAUGACCGGGAUCACGAGCAAUCGCCAAGGCGUUAGUGACUACGACGGCGAUAUGAGACGAGCAAGAGAGGCAGGUAUAGAUGCAUUCGCUAUGAACAUUGGCACAGAUUCUUUUACUGAUACGCAACUUGGAUUUGCGUAUGAAUCCGCUGCUAAUAAUGAGAUGAAAUUAUUCUUAUCGUUCGAUUUCAAUCACUGGGGGAUAGGACAGGGAAAUGAAAUAGGUGCCAAGGUAAGACAGUACGCUAAUCAACCUGCACAGCUCCGACUUGAUGGGAAGGUCUUCGUGUCUUCCUUUGCAGGUGAUGGCGUCAAUGUUGAGUCCAUUCGAACAGCCGCAGGUCUGGACAUAUUUUUCGCCCCAAACUUCCACACUGGUGUCGGAGAUUUCAACACAAUAGACGGUGCAUUCAAUUGGAUGGCCUGGCCCAGCAAUGGUGACAACCAAGCCCCAACCCCCACUCAUAAUAUCACCGUUCGCGAAGGAGACACAAUGUACAAUCAAGAGUUGAACGGGAAGCCAUAUAUCGCACCGGCUUCACCUUGGUUUUCCACUCAGUUUUCAGAUCGUCCCCUAAACAAGAACUGGGUUUUUCCGUCCGAUCUCUUGUGGUAUGAUCGCUGGGUCGAGAUUUUGCACCUGCGGCCCCAGUUUGUCGAGAUAAUCAGCUGGAAUGACUAUGGUGAAUCGCAUUACAUUGGACCUCUUUCAUCGCUUCAUACAGACGACGGUUCUUCGCGAUGGACUGCAGGCAUGCCGCACGACGGGUGGCUGAAUAUGUUAAAGCCAUUUAUUAGCGCGUAUAAAGCUGGAUCCUCAGAAAUUCCUUAUAACUCAGUUGAAAAGGAUGGCAUCGUUUACUGGUAUCGAACUACAAAGAAAAGCGCAGAAUGUGCCAUGACCAGCGCAUCCACUGGACUGAGCAUCAAUGUACCAGCCGGUUACGAGACUUUGAAAGACGAGGUCUUUAUUGUCGCUUUCCUUCAGUCACCCGCACAAAUUAUCGUUCAAUCAGGGGAGCGAUCAAUCACGCUUAGCGCACCAUCAGGAAUUAGUGCCCACAGAUGCCCGAUGGGCGUAGGUCGUCAGCGUUUUACUGUUUCACGUGACGGAGGGGUCAUCUUGUCCGGUACAGCCUCGCGAGACAUUUCAGAUGUGUGCCUAGAUGGAAUCUACAACUCGAACGCGUACGUAGGGACACUGUAG